GUGUGUGAAAAUGUAUCCAAUCGUACUGAAUUGUCGUCAGUCCAGUCUGCAUUAAAAAAAUCGGACUACUUUUGGAGCCUUCAGUUGAUUCGUUGGAUCCCCGCAGCUCCAGUCUCCACAUGAUGGCGGACCAAGAGAACGCGUUCGGCCCUCCGACCUCCCCCGGCGUCCCGGAGAACGAGUUACAUGGCGAGGCCAAACCAGAGAAACCGACUGGGUCUUCGACCAAAUCUGCGUCUUCACAGACGACUUAUAUUCAACAGGGAAUGGAAGGAAUUAAAGUGUUCCUUCACGAGAGAGAACUGUGGUCCAAGUUCCACGAGGUCGGCACCGAGAUGAUCAUCACUAAAGCGGGGAGGCGAAUGUUUCCAAGCUUUAAAGUGAAGGUCACCGGACUGAACCCCAAGACUAAAUAUAUUCUGCUAAUGGACGUGGUGCCGGCCGACGAGCAUCGCUACAAAUUCGCCGAUAAUAAAUGGUCUGUGACGGGCAAGGCCGAGCCCGCGAUGCCCGGGAGGCUGUACGUCCACCCUGACUCUCCUGCUACCGGAGCCCAUUGGAUGCGGCAGCUCGUCUCGUUCCAGAAGCUGAAGCUGACCAACAAUCACCUGGACCCGUUCGGACACAUCAUUCUGAACUCCAUGCAUAAGUAUCAGCCGAGGAUCCACAUCGUGAAGGCGGAUGAGAACAACGGCUUCGGCUCCAAGAACACGGCCUUCUGCACGCACGUGUUCCCGGAGACGGCCUUCAUCGCCGUCACGUCCUACCAGAACCACAAGAUCACCCAGCUGAAGAUCGAGAACAACCCGUUUGCUAAAGGGUUCCGCGGCAGCGAUGACAUGGAGCUGCACCGUAUGUCUAGAAUGCAAAGCACCAAGGAGUACCCGGUGGUCCCUCGCAGCACAGUGCGCCAGCGGGGGGGCUCCAGCCAGAGUCCCUUCAGUCCAGAUGUCCAGGGCCUCCCCAGUCCCAGCACCUUGGGGCCCCAGUACGAGAACGGGGUCAGCAGCACCUCCCAUGACCUGCUGCCCCCGCCCGGGUCCUACCCCCUGCCCCACGAGCACGGCCAGGACUACCACUGCAUCAAGAGGAACGUGGAAGAAGACUGCCUCUCCAGCGAGCAAAGCUACAAGAAGGCCUUCCUGGAGAGCUCGUCCAGUGAGGACGACCACUACUACCGGCCCGUGGGCUACCCCCAGGGCCUUGGCCUCGCCGCCGGACCCUACCGCAGCGAGGGUGGCCAGCGGCAGGCCUGCAUGUAUGCCAGCGCCUCCCAGGGCGCGGAAGCGGCCGGGGCUGCCGGCCUGGAGGACAUCGGCUGCAACACGUGGGCGGGCGUGUCGCCCUACGCCGGCUGCUCCGUCACCGCCAUGCAGCCCAUGGACCGGCUGCCCUACCACCAGCACUUCUCCGCCCACUUCACCUCCGGCUCGCUGGUGUCCAGGCUGAGCGGGAUGGCCACGCCCCCCCAGCUGGGCGACGCCCACCACGCCGCUAUGUACCAGGGGUCCGUCGCCCACCAGACUCUGGGGCGCCAGUGCAGCCCCGGGGUCGGCAUGCAGCCCCCCGCGGGGAGUCUUCAGGGGAACGACUACCUGUACACCAGCCACGGCAUGCCGCGCACGCUCUCCCCGCACCAGUACCACGCCGUGCACAGCGUCGGCAUCAUGCCCGAGUGGAACGAGAGCAGCUAGAUAUGAAGCUGGUCUGGAGUCUCCAGAUAGUAACACCAGGACAGUGUCCAUGCCUCAUGGGUGGAAUCUCUGUAGCCACUAGGGCUGUAGACCAAGAGACCUCUUUUUAGGACUGCUGUAGGGCUGGCUUUUGUGGUGAAAUAUUUUGGAUCUCAGUGUUGCUCAACCAUGAUGGACAUAUGUUCUUCCUCUGAUCUCGGACAAGCACAAAACUCCUUUAUUUUCUACAACACCUGCAAUACGAAUUGUGCACAGGAUUUGAUUUAUUGUAACAAAAUGCAAUUGUUGUCUUACAUAUGAUUUUGUUUUCCUUUUUCUGUAGUUUUUGGUAGUAAAGUUGUUUUUAGCUAAAUGUUAAAAUGUAUUUGUAGCAUCAAAAGAAAAAAAGAAUCCAUGUAAAAACGAAUCCAGAAAUAUUGAUCUGAACAGGACUUGGAUAUUGUAUCUUCCUGCUCGAACUUGGACAGAUUAUGUUGGUUAUUGAUUGUUAAUAUUCUUGUGUAUGCAAUGGAUACUUAAGCAACAAGGGAACAAAACAACAGUGUUGGUGUUGCAUCAUAAGAACCUUAGGAACAAACCCCAAAACAGGAAUGCAAAUUUGCAUUCCAAGCAAGCACAAUAAGACAAAUGUGAUUGCUUGUGAAGUCAUUUACAAAUCACUUCUCCAAAGGCACCAUAGAAAUCCUCAAUGUGAUUUGUCCAAAUGUUAUUAAAACAAAGAGUUUGUGAGAAUGCUACAAACAUUAGCUCUUAUUUUGACAUGACUUCUUGAUAAUUUGAGUACAAAUAUCAAAAGGGAAGAGAUAUGUUGAUGUAAGCGACCAGUUUAAAUAUAUAUCUUACAUGUUGUAUAUUGUAAAUGAUUUUUAUUUGACUUUUAUUUUUGUCCGUUUUUUUAACAAUAUUUUUUGUGUACUCAUAAAGAUGGCACUUCUUUUAAAUCAGACUGACUAAAGUAACCAUUAUAUUUAAAGUAGAAUGAAUAAAUAUUAGACAUGACGGCCAUGGAUAGAAUAUUAUAUCAAUUGGACUAACACGAGCAAGCAUUAGAGUUUAAUGAAGAAAAGGAGAACAACAAUGGAUAACUUGCAGGGUUAGUGAGCUAACACAAGUAGAAUUAAAGUUUAAUGAAGUAAAGGCAAACCACAAUGGAUAACUUGGUUGCAGGGUUAGAGGGCAGUUGAACGCAUUAACACACUCCAUCUUUUGUAAUGCUCGUCCAUGAUAGAAUAUUAUUUUCCAACACUAUUUAUUUAUUUUUUCAUCGUGUCUGGCGAAUCAAGUGUUUCCUGCUUUAUAGUAUAAAAGUGUUAGUCGAUCUCGUUUAAUAUCUUGUAUGUCAUGCUUCUGUUGAAGACAUAUGCAUGAAUCACAUUGGAAAUUGUGUACAUAAAUACAUUCAAAUAA